AUGGCAGCGCCGGUGUGCGGCUCCGCCUCGGAUGCGGCUGCACGUGGCGGGGCGGACUGCGGCGGUUCUCCCGCGGCUACCGAGGGGCGGACACAUCCCGAGCGGCUCACCUGCCGUCUCUGUGGAGACUCCGAGCGGCCGCGCGACGCCUGCUGGCUCUCGGGCCAGAGGCGCCUCUUCGCGCUUCUCCCACCUCUUUUCUUUGGCCCGGAUCUUCGCCUAAAACCAGCAGAAACGCAAGACAGGGGAGGCGAACAGGGGGAGCGGGAGAGACUGAGGACCGAAGCGUUUUGUCUCCCGAGUAUGAAAGUUCUCGGCCUUGCUCGCCGACUUCUCAGUGUCUCGCCGGAGUUUCUGUCUCCGGCACGUGCGAGUGCAGCCAGCAACUCGACGAUUCCGUGUCUCUCGGCGCGGGCCAGGAAGACGACUGCGUCUCCGGGAAGCGACGCGACGGUCGGAACCACGGCUGUCCCGCAGCAGUCCCUGGAAGAAGACAGAGACAGCGACGCCGCAGAGCCAGAACGGAAACGCCCGCGAACAGGUUGUGAGGAGAGACGCGAAGAGACCCAAGACAGAGCGAGUACGAAGGCGGACUGUGCGGCUACGCCUCCUUUAAAGAAACAAAAGGGCGAGGAAAGUUCCCCAGACCGGACAGAAGACCGGGGAUCGGUGUGGAGGUGCGAACCUUCUCCUGCGGGGUUUGGAAGCGAUCCAAAAGGCCGAAGAGAAGGACAAUGCCUCACCCUUUCGGCGCUCGUUUCUCUCGUUUGCCGACUGUCUUCCAGCUGCGCAGCGGCCGUCGCUCGCCGUCUGGGGGGAAGCCUCGUCGACCUUUUCGAGGCGAGCGGCGCGUCGCAGCACGCGUCGCCUUUUUCCGAGCCGGCGGAUUCGCAUGCACGCGGAGACUGCAUCAAGGCGCAUCUCCUCCUCGCGAUUUGCGCCUACGCUCUCUUGCAGCCUCGCCUGCGCGACCUUCUGGCGGCGGGCUGUGGGGCGUCGCGAGUCGCCUGGGAAAACGAAAGAGAAGAGGGGCAAUCAUUCCGGCUUUCCUGUACACUUUCGCGGGGCGAUCGGCGCGGAGACGUCAGGUGGUCACAGAGGGAAGCGAACGAGACGGAGACGGAGACAAGCCGUCAGAGUAGAGAGCAUCGCGAGUCGGAUCUCGCAAGGAACGAACUGCAGAUCGUCAACCUCUUUUCCACACAGAGAACCGUUGUCGUCGGAAGGUACAGGAAACAGAGUCGAGACAUCAGUCAGUCUCUCUGGCUCGUCGACAACCGGCGGAAGCUCGAGAUGUCCGUGGAAGAAGCAAUCGGAAAGCCGCUGCAGUGGCUGCUGGACGCCUCCGGCUACCGUUUUCUGUCGGCGGGCCGAGAAGACGCUGACGUGAGAAUGCUCGGGAAGGGACGGCCCUUCGCCAUCGAACUGCUCGAGUGUCGCCGCCCGCCACAUUUUCUCUGCCGCUUUCUCCGGCAGCAUCAGCGCCUUGCAGCGGCUUCCAGAGGCUCGCCGGCGUGCGCGUGUGGAAACGCGCACGGAGACAGGGGUCUCCCCUGCGUGCGGCGCAGCCGCGAAGAGCCGGUCGAACCCACGCGACAUGCGCCGACUCAGAACGGAGAGAAAACGUAUCCCCACCCCCAGCCGCCAACGACGCAGACCGGCGGGAGGCCAGACGCCGCUUUCGGACCGGAAGCGCGAGACGCAGAAUCCAGACUCCGAGAGGGGAAUCCUGUCUCCGAAUGCCCCGUGUGUCGGGCACUCUGCGGCGCGAGGGAAGGCCUCGGCACGCGCCAAGAGAGCAAACGGCGGAGCGACCUUGACGGCCUCGAGAAAGAGACAGAACUCCCUCCAUUCCUGGCGCUCUGUCCCUGCCGCAGCGGACUCGGCAAGAACGAGGACGAACAACCUGCAGAUCCUCGCUUUGUCAACCAUCACAGCAGUGAGGGGCGAGAGAACCGCAUGCAGGCGCCUGAACACGUGCUGCUCGCCUCCGCCUCCUCUCUCUGUUUAGAAGACCAGCUGCUAAACGCGCGCGGGCGCACCGCGCAGUGUCGAGACACCCCCCACAGAACGGCGUCGCCUUCCUUUCCUGGUGGAGACGACGGCGCCGAACCGGCGGUCGAAGUGUACGGACUGCGCAUCGUGACGGACGAAUCUACGAACUGCUCGGGUCACUGCGCAGAGCCCGUGUCGACUGAACAGAUCCACCUCGCAACAUGCGCACGUGAGGAGACGGAGUGUGCAGGCGACACCGGAAACGCGACAGAGGCUGCAGGGACGAUUCAGGUGUCUUCCCCUUCUCCGGCUCCCUCUUCCCAUCCAUCUCCUUGCUCUUCUUCCUCUUCCGAUAUCCCUUCUUCUGAUAUCUCAUAUUCUUCUCCCUCCUCUUCCUCCUCUUCCUCUUCUUCCUCUUCUUCCUCUUCCUCCUCUUCCUCUUCUUCCUCUUCCUCCUCUUCUUUCUCUUCCUCCGCUGCACACGGCGAGGCGGCUCGCUUCGUCGACGUUCCCGCUCGACCCGAAGCUGCGGGCUCAGGCCUUGCCAGUCUGAACCCCGAAAGCUGGCGAGGCGCGGGAAGCGUCGAGAAGGCCAUCCACCUCGCCCUCCAGCACGGGGCGGAAGAAAAAGUGAAGCGCUACGAGUGUCUAGUUUUUGCAGAGCGGGCUGUGUCGCUGCAUGCACUUCGGGAGGUCCAAGAAAGAAUCGGACAGCUCCGUGAGCGACCGGAACCUGCUGGGCCGCGGACUUCCACAGAAGAAAAAGACGAAGAGACAGGAAAGACAGAGAAAGAAACAGACAACGAGAACGAGAAAGAAGGGGGUUUGGUCAUUUAUCAGAAGACGCCGCUACGUGUCCUUCACCGGCGAUCGCUAACAGUCAGGCCGAGACGCAUCUACGCAAUCGACUUCGUCCCUGUGCAUCCACAAAUCUUCAUUUGCCGCCUGGACACGCAAGCAGGCACGUAUGUGAAGGAGUUCGUGCACGGCGACCUAGGCCGCACGAUCCCUUCUCUCAGCUCGCUUCUCCGCUGCCGGUGUCAUCUACUUCUUCUCGACGUGUCCAACCUCGUCUUCGGCGACGCUACGCACAAAGAAGAAGACGACUGA